AUGGCUGCACAUGAAGAGCUAGAAGCCGCUCUGCCGCACACGUUGGAAAAGGCCAGAGAGGCUGCGGUCAAAGCGACACACGCGGAUCUGAGGAAAGAUGUGAGCAGCGUAUUGGAGGAGAUCGCAGAGCUGGUGAAGACCUACAGCACGACUGCUCUGAAGCUUCUGGAGGCCGAGUUGAGACCCAGAGAAGAUGCUGUUGGGAAAAGAGUGCGAAUGCUGUCAGACCUCCAGAAGCAACUGAGAACGGCCGAACUUCAAGUCAACACGUUAAUGGACGAGGCGGAUGACGCGUGUCUUAGUGACGUGGAGAACCAGGUCUCCAGCUUGACCCUGGAGCCUUUGCAGGACUCCUCCAGCGAUCUGGAGUUAUCCAGCAGUUUGAAGAAAGUCUGUGAGAAGAUCGAGCACCAAAAUACCCAACUCCGUCUCGGACUCGGAUCCGCUCAGCGGGCUCUACGCGUCGUUCUCAACCCAUCCGAGGUGACGUUCAACCCUGAAACCAUCCAUCCCAACCUGGUCUUGUCCGAAGACCUCAAAACGGUGUCUUUUAGCGCAGCCAAACAGCCGUAUCCAGCCAGAUCUCAGAGGUUUACCAGUUUCUUCCAGGCUUUGAGCUCCCAGAGCUUCGUCCGAGGAGAACAUCUCUGGGACUUCCAGGCUGAAGGCUGUGCUUGGGUUCUGGCCGUGUGUUACGGCGAACUGCCCAGAUCUGGUUCUGGAAGCGGACUGGAGAGCAGCACUGGAUCCUGGUGCCUCAUGUACUGCGAUAACCUUCUGAGGGCAUACGAGAAAGGAAAGGACACGCCGCUUAGACGCACGCCGUCUCUGAAGAGAAUGGAGAUACGCCUCAGCUUUAGCACCGGCACUUUAGCGUUUAACAGCGUCAGCGAAUUAAGUGGGGAUAAAACUCACCUGCACACUUUUAAAGUCAGCUUCGCGCAGCCGGUGUAUCUGGCUGUAAGGAUGAUGUCUGGUCAACCCAAAGCACACAUCACUGUAAACUAGUGAUUGGCCACUAGAGAAACCCACUUGCUUCUGCAUUGCUUUCACCUUAUGCAACCAACUGCUAAAAUAAUUUCUUAGACCUUAUUCAUCCAUACUUAUCCUGUUGUCACAAUGUUAUGAUGCAAUACGUCAUUAAUGUUCACUUACGCACUCAAUGCAUCUUGCUGCACUAGAUUGUCACAUGCAUUGUGUUUGCAUUAUUUAAUUGAAUCAAUAUGCAGUGUUCCUCAACUUGUGUUCGACAUUUGUUUAACUUCAAUAAUAAUAAUAGCAUGUUUGUUAAUACUUGCAUUAUUUUUUUUAAUCAAUAUGCAGUGUUCCUCAACUUAUGUGUUAGGUUUUGAGCAUGUGAAAUUUGUUUAACUUCAAUAAUACAAGACCACUUUACAUUGAAAACAAUUCUAAUUCUGUUUCUAUGCUGUGCUUUUCUUUUAACAUGUUUGUUAAUACUUGUUUCUGUCUAAAUUUAAA